UGGGCCGCUGGGCCUGCCCCGCCGCCGACAUGGAGGAGCUGGUGGUGGAGGUGCGCGGCUCCAACGGGGCCUUCUACAAGGCAUUUGUGAAGGAUGUACAUGAAGAUUCGAUAACCGUUGUGUUUGAGAACAACUGGCAGCCCGAGAGACAAAUUCCAUUCCAUGAUGUCAGGUUUCCUCCACCUGCAGGGUACAAUAAGGAUAUAAAUGAAAGUGAUGAAGUUGAGGUUUAUUCCAGGGCUAAUGAAAAGGAACCAUGUUGCUGGUGGCUGGCUAAAGUGAGAAUGAUAAAGGGUGAGUUUUAUGUAAUAGAAUAUGCAGCCUGUGAUGCUACGUACAAUGAAAUUGUCACAAUUGAGCGUUUAAGAUCUGUGAAUCCCAACAAACCUGCAACAAAAGAUACAUUUCAUAAGAUCAAACUUGAUGUGCCAGAAGACUUAAGGCAAAUGUGUGCUAAGGAAUCUGCACACAAGGACUUCAAAAAGGCAAUUGGGGCAUUCUCUGUAACAUAUGAUUCUGAAGCCCAUCAGCUUAUCAUUUUGUCUAUCAAUGACGUAACAACAAAGCGUGCUAAUAUGCUCAUUGAUAUGCACUUUCGCAGUCUUCGGACCAAGUUGUCGUUAAUAUUGAGAAACGAAGAAGCAAGCAAACAGCUAGAGAGUUCAAGACAGCUUGCUUCACGAUUUCAUGAACAGUUUGUUGUACGUGAAGAUCUAAUGGGUCUGGCCAUUGGCACACAUGGUGCUAAUAUUCAGCAAGCUAGGAAAGUACCGGGUGUAACAGCAAUCGAUCUUGAUGAAGAUACUUGUACAUUCCAUAUUUAUGGUGAGGAUCAAGAUGCAGUGAAGAAGGCAAGAAGUUACCUUGAAUUUGCUGAAGAUGUCAUACAAGUUCCAAGAAACUUAGUAGGAAAGGUUAUAGGAAAAAAUGGAAAACUCAUUCAGGAGAUAGUGGAUAAAUCGGGCGUGGUGAGAGUAAGAAUUGAGGCUGAAAAUGAGAAAAAUAUUCCACAAGAGGAGGUGUUAGUUGUGUCAUCAACUGUAGCAGGAAGAAAGCAGAAACCUGAACUCAAAGCUUGGCAGGGGAUGGUCCCUUUUGUCUUUGUGGGAACAAAGGACAGUAUCACAAAUGCAACAGUUCUUCUGGAUUAUCACCUCAAUUAUUUAAAGGAAGUGGAUCAACUACGCUUGGAGCGAUUGCAGAUUGAUGAGCAGCUUCGACAGAUUGGGGCUACCUCUAGACCACCACCAAACCGCACAGAUAAAGACAAAGGAUAUAUGACUGAUGACGGUCCAGGCCUUGGAAGAGGUAGUCGACCCUACAGAAACAGAGGGCACAGCAGGCGUGGACCAGGCUAUGCUUCAGGAACUAACUCUGAAGCAUCAAAUGCUUCUGAAACAGAGUCUGACCACCGGGAUGAGCUUAGUGACUGGUCGUUAGCCCCAGCUGAAGAAGAGCGUGACAGUUACCUUCGUAGAGGAGAUGGGCGAAGGCGUGGUGGAGGAGCACGCGGUCAAGGAGGAAGAGGUCGAGGAGGCUUCAAAGGAAAUGAAGAACAGUCACGGACAGAUAACCGUCAACGUAAUUCAAGAGAUACUAAAGGGAGAACAACAGAUGGGUCUCUUCAGAUCAGAAUUGACUGCAAUAAUGAAAGGAGUGUCCACACUAAAACAUUACAGAAUACCUCCAGUGAAGGUAGCCGGCUGCGCACGGGUAAAGAUCGGAACCAGAAAAAAGAGAAGUCGGACAGCGCGGAUGCUCAGCAACCGUUGGUGAAUGGAGUACCCUAACUGCAUAGUUUCGAGAAGUCAUAUUUCCUAAACUGUUUCAGUAAAUCUUAUUCCACAUUAGAGAAACUUGUUAGGCCAAAGACAAAUAGUAGGCAAGAUGGCGCAGGGCAUGAAAUGAAUAUAAAAAGUUCUGUUAGCCUUUUUUAACAUCAGCAGUAUGCAGUUUUUUUCAAAAUAAGACGUUAUACUUGCAUUAAAGUAUCUUGAACUUCUGGAAGAACAUGCUUUCGAGUACAUAUUGCACUUCAAACAAUGAGAGAAUCCUUUUGUUUGUUUUAAAAAUACUGAACUGUGCAUUGGUAUUCUUUCUGUUCAGUUGUACCAUUUUAACACAUCUGGUCAAAAUCACUGCUAAAUUUCAAUUUUCAGAAUAAAUAGUGUUUGCGGUAAUCAAA